CACAGAGGAGGACCGAGAAAGAAGACUCAGAGAAGAAAGGCCGGUGAGACUUAGAAAGAAGAGAGAGAAUAAAUAGAGGAAACGCAAAGUGUGAGAGGCAGAAGGAGGAAGACGAAGUGUUGGGGGUUUUGCUGUUGUGCUGGGAUCAUGUCUCUGAAUGGGAAGGUGGCUCUGGUGACCGGAGGAGCUCAGGGCAUUGGGAGAGCUGUGGUCCAGUCACUACUGCAGAGCUCAGCCAAGGUGGCUGUGGUCGACCUGAACAAAACCUGUGGCGAAGAGUGCAAAGCACAGCUGGACGCCGAGUUUGGAGAGGGAAACUGCGCCUUUAUUCCAUGUGAUGUGUCCAAUGGAGACGCGCUGAGAGACGCAUUCCAGAGCACAAUAGACCAGUUUGGUCAUCUGGACAUCGUUAUUAACAAUGCCGGGAUCAACAAUGAAAAGAACUGGGAGAAGACCAUACAAGUCAACCUGACCUCUGUAAUCAAAGGGACCUACCUGGCGCUGGAACACAUGAGUAAAGAGUAUGGCAAGGAAGGAGGCACCAUUAUCAAUGUAUCCUCUAUGGCAGCCUUCCUGCAUUCUCCUCAUCAGCCUGUCUAUACUGCUACUAAACAUGGAGUCAUUGGCUUCACUAGAGCUAUGGCGGACGCGUCUUCUGAGGGCAACUAUGGUGUUCGUAUCAACGUCCUGUGUCCAGCGUUCGUCGACACUCCUCUGCUGCACUCAGUGGAACAUGAGGACAACAUGGGCAAGUUUGUCAAGUUCAAGGAUGAUUUCAAACGGAGCAUGAGCAAGUUUGGAGUUUUAAAGCCAUCAUUGAUAGCAGAGGGCAUGAUGAGGUUGAUUGAGGACACCAGUCUUAAUGGAGCGGUGAUGAAGAUCACCUGCUCCAAGGGAAUCCACUUUCACACCUAUGAACCCAUGUCUGCUUGAGCCUUAUCGUACUGGACUCCAAGUUGCUGCUGAGGAAAGCAAUGCAGUACUUGAUCCUGCCACACAUGAGAAACUGGUUCAGGAGAAUAUGUGGCUGCUUUUGGACUUAAUAUCAGAAAUACGUCAAACCCUUGUUUGGAUUCUACUGGAAAAACUGCACCUGUCCAAAUUAACAAAUGCUUUUCAAAUAAUAAUUCCAUUCACUGUCUGAUUGUAUUGAUUGUGUUAAUAAUAUGGUAAUGAUGAUCAUAAUUAUCAAAAUGAGAGUUAGUCAAGAUAUAAACUUUGCCAGUCCAAACACAUACGUCAUUCUUUUUCAGUAGGGUUUUCAUGUUAAAGGAAAUAAUUGACAGUCAGUGUCAUCCACCUCAGACCACCUAUGAUGUUGCACUUUCAGCUUCAACAGUUCUAUGAAAACAACUGUAACAGUUAUUAUUUAACAGCUGUACUUUUUUUGAUUAGUGUAAAAAUAAAAAAGAAUUUAUUGAAAUAGUU